AUGCCGGACAUAUCGCAGGAUGAGUUCGAGGCAAAGCUGCCACAUCUGGCACCGGCCACUGCGGCCGAACUGCGUCAACGUGCCAACUCGGGCGGAUCACGAUCGGCAAGCUCUGCCAGUGCCCGUAGCCUCACCAAUCAAUCGCGCCCGACCGGAAGCGGUACCGAGCAGCGGACGGUAGUGAGAGAACCUGCCUACGGUUACAAGCGUGAGAUUAGUCACAGAAUCUUCGUCAAUCGGUCGAUGCAUCUGGAGAAUAUCAAGUUCUAUGGCUUCGAUAUGGACUACACGAUCGCGGAGUACAAGUCGCCGCAGUACGAACAGCUCGGGUUUGAUCUGGUGAAGGAGCGGCUCGUCAACCUGGGCUAUCCGGCGGAGAUUCGCCAGUUCGAGUACGAUCCCUCGUUUCCGGUGCGUGGUCUCUGGUUCGAUUCGCUUUACGGCAACCUGCUGAAGGUGGACGCGUACGGCAACAUUCUAGUGUGCGUCCAUGGUUUCGAGUUCCUCAAGCACCACCAGGUGUAUGAGCUAUACCCGAACAAGUUCCUGCAGCUGGACGAAAGCCGUGUAUACGUGCUGAACACGCUGUUUAACUUGCCCGAGACGUACCUGCUCGCGUGCUUGGUGGACUUCUUCACACAUUCGCCACAGUACGCGGAGCAAGUCGAUCGCACCGGUGUGAAGUAUGGUGAGCUGUUCAUGUCGUUCAAGUCGAUCUUCCAGGAUGUGCGAGGCGCCGUCGACUGGGUGCACAUCUACGGUGAUCUCAAAAAGAAAACUCUUGAGAACCUCGACGAGUACGUGAAGAAGGAUGAACGGCUGCCGAUGGUGCUGUCCCGCAUACGGGAGUCUGGUGCAAAGCUCUUCCUGCUCACGAACAGUGAUUACACCUUCACCGAUCGCAUCAUGACGUUCCUGUUCGAUUUUCCGCACGGCGGUAAACCGGACGAACCGCACCGCGACUGGAAGACCUACUUCGACACGAUUGUGGUGGACGCACGCAAACCGCUGUUCUUCGGCGAGGGCACUAUACUGCGCCAGGUAGAUACCAGCACCGGGGCGCUCAAGGUUGGCACGCAUAUGGGUCCGCUGCAGGCGAACCAGGUGUACUCGGGCGGUUCGUGUGACGUGUUUACCAAGCUGAUCGGCGCCAAGGGCAAGGACGUGCUGUACAUCGGGGAUCAUAUCUUCGGCGAUAUUCUGAAGAGCAAAAAGAUCCGGGGCUGGCGCACGUUCCUGAUCGUGCCGGAGCUGGUACAGGAGCUGCACGUGUGGACGGACAAGUGUCAGCUGUUUGCCCAGCUGCAGCAGCUCGAUGUGCGGCUCGGCGAUCUGUACAAGAACCUGGACUCGAGUGCGAAGGAAAAGCCGGACAUCCGUUCGGUUCGCACCGCCAUACGGGACGUGACGCACAAGAUGGACCUGGCGUACGGUAUGAUGGGUUCGCUGUUUCGUUCCGGCUCCCGGCAGACGUUCUUCGCCGGGCAGGUCGUACGGUACGCGGAUCUGUACGCCGCCACCAUACUCAACCUGAUGUACUACCCAUUCUCGUACAUGUUCCGAGCGCCCGCAAUGCUGCUGCCCCACGAGUCAACCGUCGCGCACGAGCAACGGUUCACGCUGGACGCACCGAUGAUCCAGCGUACCCGUCCGCCUCGCACCGAACCGGUGGUUCCACCGGCACCGCACGAGCUGGACGAGGAUGAGGAGCAUGAGGGUGAGGCGCGCGAUCCGCCCGGCGAUGAUUCCAAAGAAAUUGGACGGCUGCUUCUCGGUACGCCACAACCUUCUUCACUACCGUCCGCCACCGGAUCGGAGCUAAGCGUGUCGGUGCCGCACACCCGCCCGGAGACACCGCGCUCCGUAACGCACACCCACGAUGAGGACUACUCGGAUGAGGACAGUGACGAUCAAAAGCGCACCAAAGCCGUUGACGGUCAUAACUCUGGUGAUGGGGCGUCCUCCACCACGCAACCAUAA